AUGGACGCAUUACAAAGUAAUUUUUUUUCAAUGAUGGAAGAACUAAAUGGAAAGAUGACUGCAUUUCAAAAUGAUUUACAAAAGGUAAACACCACACCAAGCACUGUAUCACCAUACACUGUGGCCACAUUAGCAGCGGACUUUGCGGUUUUCCAGUCGUUUGUCACCAGCACCUUCUGCAGCUUUCAGCAACAGUUGGAACUGAUAGGUCGUCAGAUGGAUCACUUUGAGAUGCGUAGCCGCAGGAAGAUUCUCUUGCUACAUGGUGUUCGUGAGUCUAGUGGAAACAAUACGUCACAGGAUGUGGUCAAGGUGAUUGGUGAGAAAUUGAAAAUCCCCGGAUUCUCUGAAGCCAAUAUUAGCCGAUGUCAUCGACUAGGCCGCUCUUUUGGUGCCAAGCCUCGUCCUAUAUUGGUGAAAUUCCCUGAUCUUACUCUGCGAAAUAGUGUUUGGUUUGCUAAGACUGCACUCAAAGAUUCAGGAAUUACCAUCUCUGAGUUCCUGACUAAAGGAAGACACGAAGCAUUCAUGACUGCUCGUCGUCAUUUUGGAGUAAAGAAGUGUUGGACGCGGGACGGUUGUGUGAUUGUAGCUGGAGACGACGGUACGAAGAACCGAGUUACCACCAUCACGGAUGUUAACAAGUUGAUAAACCUCUCUGCCUCUGAUCCGGUGGUACCGCAGCAUGGGAGUUCGCUGACAAUGGUGGCCGGGAGCUCAGCGGCGACGAAAGCUACGACGGCCGUCACGGCUCGCGUUAAACGAGUGGUCAGAAAGUGAAGUUGUCUUGUUUACCAUUGGUUUCGUAUGAUAGUUUUCUGUGAAUAUCUUAACUAUUGAUUUCACCUACGUUAGCAUAUAAUCUCUCAUAUUUAGUUCUGCUCGAUAAACACGUAGGUAGUUCCAUAGUAUUACAGAAAUAAUGACUGAAUCUGGGUAACGCAAUAAUAUAAUCGUUUGUUUUCCACCUUCAAAAUAAACUUUUGUUUCACCAAUACAAUCAA